AUGGCCGCUGUUAUUAAGGCAAUCAACGCCAAGAUCCGCUCCAACAAGGUAGCGGACUAUGUCUGCUCCACUCACUUCUGGGGCCCUGUCUCCAACUUCGGUAUUCCCUUUGCUGCUGUGAUGGACACUCAGAAGGAUCCUGAGAUUAUCUCCGGUACUAUGACUGCUGCCCUGUUUGUCUACGCUGGCACUUUCAUGCGCUACUCCCUCGCUAUCACACCCAAGAACUACCUUCUCUUUGCCUGCCACUUGACCAACUUCGGCGCCCAGGCUACCCAGGGAUACCGGUAUCUGUCUUACUGGAACUGGGGUGGCCGAGAAGCUCAGCUCGCUGAGAAGGCGAAGCAGGGCCAGGCUGUUGCUGAGGGCGCUUCCGCGUAA